AAGUUGUUAAGUUAUAAAAAAGUAAAAGCACUGGCACUACACACUGACACUUUUUUCAUUUGUCUGUAUCUAUUGUAUAUUUCACACAAUCGUUCUUACUAGCCAACUGAUUAGUAAUAUUGUAUAUGGUAUCCUUUACGGUUUGCAAGUUCUUAUCGCAGUCAGUUUCUGCGUAAUAUUUAACUCGCACUUCAGCGUGUUUGCACUGUUCCAUCGUUGCAAUAUUUUUUAUUUCAUUAACGUCGUAAAUUUCAAUUUUAAUCUGGUGUGAUGCAUGGUGUGCCGUCAUCGCUGGUAGAUUUGAUGUACGAAAUGCCGCCACCACUCGUCGAUCGACCAACACUGGAUUACUUUUUCUUCUUUGGUUUUUCGAAAAAGUCAUCGAUGUUGUUAAAUUCAUUUGACCUUUUAUUGGCUAUGAUCGCCUUUUUGAAUUUGGCUGCGAGGGUCCCUUCUUCGUCACUAGGUCCGUCGUUUUCAUCAGCGUAAUAAUAACUCUUGAAAGUAUUUUCAGAAAACUGUAAUAAAAAUGUAUGUGUAUAUUGUAAACUUUUUUCCAUAAAGAUAAGGUCUAAAAUAUUUUAUUGCCCAUACUAUGCCUAAUAAUUCUUUUUCUAUCGUAGAGUAUCUUUGCUCUGUGUCCGAUAGUGUACGUGAAGCGUACGCUACUGGUUUGUCAGUGCCAAUGUCACCUUGUGAUAAUACUGCGCCUAAAGCUACGUCUGAAGCAUCUGUUGUUAAAAUAAAUGGUUUACUGAAGUCUGGGUAUUGCAAAAUUAGUGCAUUAAUUAAAACUUCCUUACAUAUCUCAAAUGCUUGCGUAUAUUCUGCUGUUAGUUUAAUCUUACUUCCUUUUUUAAGACAUGUUGUUAAAGGUUUUGUCAGUUUUGCGAAAUCUUGUAUGAAUUUUCUAUAAUAACCUACUAGGCCUAGGAAUGAUUUGAUUUCUUUCUGCGUUUUAGGUACUGGGAAUUUCUUGACUGCUGCUAUUUUAUCUUCGUUUGGUAGAAGACCUUUAUCGGUAAGGAUGUGACCUAAAAACAUUACUUACUUUUGCAAGAAUUCUGAUUUGUUUAAAUGUAUUUUUAAAUUAUGCGUAUCGGAAUCUUUUGAAUACUUGUUUACAUUUAUCGAGAUGUUCUUGUAGCGAUGUUGAGUAUAUGAUUAUGUCGGCUAAAUAUGUUAAUACGUUAUCUAUUCCACGUAAUACUGAGUCCAAUAAUCUUUGAAAUGUGUUGGGUGCGUUUUUAAACCGAAGGGCAUUCUGAGAAAUUCAUAGUGUCCUCGUUCGAUGGUGAAAGCUGUUUUUCCACGUCUUUUGGGUGCAUUUCUACUUGAUGGUAGCCUGAUGCAAGAUCAAGAGUUGUGAAAUACUGUGCAGGUCCAAGUUUAUCUAGGAUGUCGUCUAUGUUUGGUAAUGGAUAUUUGUCUUCUAUUGUUUCGUCGUUUAGUUUCUUAUAAUCUAUUACCAACCUAUACUUUAGUUCUCCGGUGUUAUCAAUUUUUUUGGUACUAAGUGUACUGGACAUGACCACGGGGAGUUGCUUUCUCGAAUAAAGUUUUGUUCUAGUAGUUUAUUAAUUUGUCUUUUGAUUUCCUCUUUUUGUUUAGGUGCCUGUCUAUAAUUACGAACAAAAAUUGCUUUAUCAUCUAAUAAUCUGAGUUUAUGUUUGAUUUCGUGUGUAAAAGUUAGGGGUAUAUCCUCAUAGUGAAAAAUGUCUCUAUAACUGUAACAUAAUUUUCUGAUUUCGCGGUUUUCUUCAGGGUUCAUAGGAUCAGUUCUUAUACUGUUUUAAGUUAUUUUUUAAAAUUUGGUCUGUUUUGUUAUCCGCGAUGUUUUGUCUGCUUAUGAAUUUUACUCGCUUUUACUUCUUUCUUUUUUGAGAAAUCUAAAUAUUGUAAAUUUAUAUGACAGCUGUUUUUAAACUGUAUUUCUUUUUCCAUGGGAUUAAUAACUGUUGUUAAAACGUUACCGUUUUUCAAUAAAACUACGGAUGCUGGAAAUAUCAAACCGUUUUUCUCGGCUAGAUAGUAAUCUCCUUCACUGUAAUUACAGAGUAGGUUUACCACUUGCUCAGAUUUGGCUGAAAUAUUACUAUAUGUUUUUAUGUCGUCUCUUAUAGGUAUGUUUGCAUGAUCCGUUCUUAAGAUCAUGUUCUUUAUGUCUAUUCUGGAAUUUAGUGGAACCAAUAGAUCUAGUCCUAACAAUCCGGCGAAAUCUGGGUCGAAGUUAAAAAUUAGAAAUUUAUGUGUGAUGUCCUGAUUAAACAGUCUUUCUAGUAAUUUAAUGUAUGCUACUUGUUUGUGUUUAGAUGUUCCAUGUGCUGUUUUAAUAUAGUGUAACUCGUUUUUAAUUCUGCAUUGUAUUUGUUUCUUGCGAUCUAAAAUUUUUGGGGAAAUUAGUGACUGAGAUGCUCCUGUAUCUAUCAGAAGUCUGCCACCUAGUUCACCAAUAUAAAUGUAUGGAAGGCGGUUAUAGUUUUUAAGAUCAUUCAUAUAUACUAUAUUUCUAUUUCGUCUAAUAAGUCCACGAGACAAUUUUCGUCUUCAGCUUCCUCGGAUGGGUUUUCAUCGUUUUCACCCUCGGAAACGUACUUAUCGUCGUUAUCUACCUGACUAUCUGAUUGGAAGUAAAUCUUCUUUUGAUGGGUGUCUGUAGCGUCUGACUGCGAUUUCUUUUGAUACGCGUCUUUUUUAUUGAAUGGCGUGAAUUUCUGCGGUUUAUUAUUAUUGUUAUUAUUUGAUUGUUUAUGCCCGAUUUACUUUGCUGAUUGCGUCUAGUUCUGAGCUUAAGUUCUUCUUGUUUUACAAUUGUUAUGGCUUGUUCCAAAUUCUCAGCAUGUUUUUGUUUUAUUAAAGUUGCUGUGAUUGGAUUGAGUUUAUCCAAGAAUGUCUAAUGCCAUUUGUUCAUAAUACACACUACUACUGGGUUCGCAUGAUAUUAGUGUACUCAUUAGUAUUUUGAUUUUGUCACCGAAUAUAUCUAACGAACUAUUGUCCCUAGUGAUGUUCAUGAGUUCUUGGACUAAUUGAAUUUCUGUGCGAAAUUCGCCAAAUUUCUUGGAAAGGAUCCUUUUGAUAUCUUCCCAAGUUUUAGAGCCUGGGCUCUCUGACAGAGCUUCAACAGCUUUACCUGAAAGCUUAUUUCUAAUCAAACAUGCCAUUAUGUAAUCGUUUCUGUUUGCGAUAAGAUCUAGUGCAUUCUCUACACCUUCGAUGUAAUAUGCUAAUGUUCUUUUGUUACCAUCGUAUGCUGGUAAUAAUUUGGCCAGAGUACCAUACUCUAUAGGAGUUGGUUUUGUAUCUGCCAUGUGUUUUUCAUCAUGUAGACUCUUGUCGUUGGCCAUGUUAAACUAACUAAACAAAAUAUCUAACGCUGAUUAAAAAAGUUUAUAAUAUCGUUUUAGAUAUUAGAAUUUGCCCUUAACACUAAAAAUACAACAAGUUGCACAUAUGUUAGUUUGGAGGAUAGUGAGGGAAAAUCUCGGGAGUAACAGAGCCUAUGCUUACCCCAGGAGCAUUGCCGAUGAGAGGCUUGAGUCUUUGGUGAACCUGGUCGUCUUGCUAGAGCUUCGCUUUUCCGCUGCUGCUUGCUGCUGCAACUGCCACUGCUGCGCCCGCUGUAGAUUUCUGAGCUCGCGGCACGGACACGUCGUACAAAGUACUUAUUCGAGCCGAAUCUUCGCGAGAUACCGACUGCGCCAGUUAGGAGGUGGGCGACGGCAGGAGGGUUUUUAAAAAGACAAGUGCUCAGCUUGACAAACUGAUACAGACUUAUCUCAUAUUUAUUUCCUUUAUAUAUUUAUUACAUGACAAAGGGUUUCUUAGAAUCUAGUUUACAAUGCGAUAAUAUAAUAUACAUAAUGAUGGCAAUAUCCUUGCCUUAAUUACGGAAGAUAACCUUAAUAGGUUAUCGUAAUGUCUCAUAACACUUAGGUUACGUGAGAAAACUAGUGUUACUGUGACAUAACUAGCGUUAGGCGCUUCGUUCUGGUGCUUCCUAUAGAAAAAGGAUAGCCUGACUUUUGGUGGGGUUGAUAGUGAUGCGCCAUUUGCGAAACCACUCGCCGAGCUGGUCGGUGGCGGCCUGCAAAGUGCGCACCGCUAGUUCUGGGUCUCUACGUGAAGCGUAGAGCGCCGUGUCGUCCGCGAAGAGCGCCAGAUGGGCGUCUUUAAAUCUAGGAAUAUCGCUAGUAUACAGCGAGAAGAGAAAGGGUGAUAGCGCGGAGCCUUGCGGGACUCCGGCCGAGAUCGUAUGACGUGUGGAAAGGGUACCCUCGACGCGAUAUUGGAACCGCGAUUCGACAAAAAUUCUCGUAUGAUGUGCACGAUCUGUGUGGGCACGUUGAGAGUGUUCAGCUUGUACAAAAAGCCGUUGUGCCACACUUUGUCGAAUGCUUUCUCAACAUCAAAGAACUUAGGAAUAGACAUGCUCCGUGAUGCGGAGUAUCAGAUGCACGCAACUGUGCCUAUUACGAAAGCUAAACUGCUCCAGAGGGAGCAGAUUGUGGGAGUGAGCUACUAUUUUGAGACGGUCGAGGACGAUCCGCUCAUAAAGUUUCCCUAUUGUGCUAAGAAGACUAAUCGGCCAAUAAGAGGCCGGUUCUGAUGCGGGUUUACCCGGCUUGUGAAUACCUAUCACGACUGCCUCUUUCCAGGCCUCAGGAAAAUAGCAGUUCUGGAAUGCUGAAAUGAAAUGAAAUGAAAUGAAGUUUGGAGAAGCCUUUACGGAGAGAAAGUAGAAUCCAAGGCGUUAUAAAUCUCAGUGAGGAUGACUGGAUCCGAAUGUCCCAGAGCCCUCAUUCUACUCGCGCAGUCGUUAAUUAGGGCGUGUAAUUGGAUGAUCUCUGGAGAAGGCGAGUUGAGGCGAGGAAGCCGUGCCACUAGACGCCGGAGUCGCCGCCACCUGAGGUUUGGAGGGGACGGGAGCCUUCGACUGGGCUACCCUGGAAGAGUUAGUCUUGGAGGUCGAGGGCGUUGGGACGGGAGCAGGAACGGAGCCGCAACUGCUGUGGUGGCCGGAGUGGCGGGAGAUCCUCCGGGACAACGCGAGUCGGCGCGUACCGCGGUGGGAAACCACGGAUUACGCACCAGGGUAGGGGCCAAGACGAAUUUCUCAGCCUGAGGGGCCUGGUUGGUUCUAUGAGCCCUAACUUGGGGCUUGUACUUAGCUGGAUGGCCAGAUUGCCGGCAAUUGGUGCAGGAAGGCGGCUCCGCACACUGGGUCCUGUAUUUGGGACGCGGGCACUCGGACGUGCCGUGCUCGCCGAGGCACUUGACGCACCUGGCGGGAAGGCGACAGCCACGCGAAUUGUGACCGUAUUUUUGGCAGUUGUGACACUGCCCUAUCUGGUUUUUCUUGUGCUGAGUCUUAACGGUGAAGCCGCCGAGACCCGAGAUAUCGCGUAUCUCGUAUAAUGACUUGACGUCAUCUGGGAAACCUAGGACUACCAGGACCAUCUCAUAUUGAGUGCGUGGUCGUGACGCGCGGGAUUAGUGGGGCAUCCGGUGCACCUCUAGGACUGCAAUGCCCUUGGCCUGAAGGCCUUGUUGGACCUCUACGGCCGACAUUUGGGUAGGUAUGCCUCGGAUGACAUACCUGUAACGGCGCUCGUCCGGGAGCGCAAAAAUAUAGUAAUGAUAGGCUUUGCUAUCGAGAUAAGUACUUGGUUAGCGCCCGCUGGUCGUUGAUAGACCCGGGCUGGAGGGACAGCAGUUUGUGGCUACUGUUCCACGAGUUGGUUGGGAUGAUGAUGCGCUCGUUGGUUAGCGCAUCAAAGAGUGUUUGAAAGGGGUUAACCCUUGGGGGAGCUGUAGGUUAACCCUCGGUGGCUUUUUAGGCCCCUUGGGUUGGGAUUUCGACGGUGGCGACGACUUCGUCGAGGUGGCGGGCUUGGAGGCCGCGGGUUUGGUUUUGGGCGCGGAAGGCGCAGAAGGCGCUUGGGAGGCAGGGGCGUUCGAGCUCUGCUUCUCCCUUUGCCCGCUCCCCACGGUCGUGAAGCCGUCGUCGUCGGGCUCCGACGACGCGGCCCCAGACUGCGAUUCGCUGGAGUCGGGAAAAAUGGAGCGCUUGUACGCGUAGUUGCGGUGAACCUGGGUCUGAGUCCAUGGCGAGGUCGAACACGCCAGUGCUGGCCGGGCUCUCGGACGGAUUAGAUUCGUCCGAGAACCCGGGUAACUCCGGUGAGGCCGGCUCCGCCUCGGGCUCAUCGGCUACCGUCAAUGAGUGGACGAUUGAUCGGAAUGAAGGGUCGUCCUUAAUAUACCCAGCGAGGGUUGUCAGCAAAGCGUGUUUCGCUUUGCCGAUAUCCACCGCCGGGGACUCGUCAAUGGCCAUAGCCCUAGUCUCCGCCAUAGUGGGCGCGUCCGGGCCUAGGAGCAUUUACAGUUAAAUAAUAUCGUGGGGCCACGAGUGGGAUCGGGACCCGGGUGCGUUCCGCCUGGGAAAGAACCCGGACUGUGGCUUGGUUAGAGCCGCGUAUUUAUACAUUGAUAUUGUUUACAAACAAGUAGAGGUGGGGUAUUGGUGGCGUCACCAAUACAAAGGACCAAUAAAUGAUUCACACUAAAUGUGUCAUACUACACCUUAUGAUCCAUUGUUCAAUGUACUCGCUACUGUAGGAUAAAGGGUAGUAGGGCACUUAACUCUUCCCUUCUCAAGUUCAAAAUCGUCAUCCGAACUUUAAAGAUGAUGAUUUUGAUAACAUCUUUUUCUGAUGUUUACAUAACUUAGUUUUAUACAGGGUUGAUGAUACACGAGAGGGGCAUUAAAUUAAACCACGUAUAUUAUACAUGUUCAGUAUUAAUUCCUAAUAGCACAAAAACAGAUCGCGUGAAAAAUACAAAAGUAUUUUUUUCAUACAACUUAAAUAACUGAUUAAUCAAAGGGAUAUGCAAACACCAUUUAUAAAUAUUUAUACUGACCUGCGUAACAAUCGCAACGUCGCAAAAAUUGUCUUUUGACUUGUUAUCUCGCCGCGGGGGGUAGCGGGAGAGUGCAGGGCGCGCGGCGUCGCUCGGGCUAGAGCGUAUUUGUUUACAUUGUAUGUAGGUAUACGUAUGCAAGUAGGUAAAGUAGUAUGGACACAACAAUAAUUACUUAGCACUUAUUAUUAAAAUUUUUAAAUUUUCGAUAUGUCCGCCAUCGUUAUUAACACACGAAUUAUAUCGACGAACAAUAUUGUUUUGAUUUUUUCUAAUAAUGUCACUAUUAACGGCUAAACUUUUUAAUUUACUAAAUGCUAAAAUAAUACGAUUUCUUAAUUCAAUUAAUGAGUUAACGUCUGUGGCAUACACUACACUUUUAACAUAUCCCCACAAAAAGAAGUCCAUAGGAGUGAGGUCCGGGGACCGUGGUGGCCAUCGAACAGCAGUGCUAUUCUCUAACGACACAGCUUUGCGCGCAACGCUGCCGCAGCGUUGUGACGAUAGUUUGGAAUUCACUAAGUUAUCAAUAGCGACACUAGCGCUUAAGGCUGUGACGGUCGUGAGUUUGAACUACUCAACGGCGGGCAGUUUGACAUUCUUCGCAGAAUUCGGUAUUCUCUAAAGGUCGAUUUACAUCAAACGAACAUAGAGCUAGAGCUAGAACAAGAGCAUUCUUUUGUAAUCUUUUAGUGUAAACGAAAGCUAGAGGUAUCGAUUUACAUCAAACGAACAUAGAGCUAGAGCUAGAACAAGAGCAUUCUUUCGUAAUCUUUUAGUGUAAACAAAAGCUAGAUCGAAUGUUCUUUGCUCAUUCGUCUCAAUUCUGUGGUUAGUAUUGGUAGUGCUUCGUUUUGUCUGACUCUGACAGCGAUAUCAUUAUUGCAAGUGCUGCAUUUAUUAUUUUGUCGCAAAAAACUCAAAAAAUAAAAGAAGGAAGAGACGUUGGUGGGUUACAAAUUUAAUGCAUCGAAGGAAACUGGAUAAUGUAGGUGAAACAAUGACGGAUAUGCAAAAACAAGAAGAAAGUGGACAAUUCCAAAACUUUUGUAGAAUGGCGCCAGAGGAUUUUGAUCAUUUACUAUCUCUGACCAGCGAAAAAAUUCGAAAAUCAAGUACGAAUUUUAGAGACUCGAUUCCUGCAUAUGACAAACUAGCAGUGACUUUGCGAUUUUUGGCAACUGGAGAUUCCUAUGAAAGCCUCAUGUAUUUUACUAAAAUGUCUAAAUCGACAAUAUGUAAUGCUAUAUCUGAAGUAUGUGCAGCAAUAAAUGAAGCAUUGCAAGACUAUGCUAAGACACCGUCAACAGAAGAAGAAUGGCUAUCAAUCGCUCAGGAAUUCAAUGAGAAGUGGAAUUUUCCAAACUGUAUUGGCGCUGUAGACGGGAAACACUGCGUCAUACAAGCACCUAUUAACAGCGGAAGCGACUAUUUUAAUUAUAAAUCCACAUUCAGUGUGGUGUUAAUGGCCAUAGUAGACGCUAACUACAAUUUUAUAUUCGCCGAUAUUGGUUGUCAGGGCAGAAUAUCAGAUGGCGGAGUUUUCAGAAACACUUCUUUCUAUCAGAAACUACAAAAUAAUGAAUUAAAUUUGCCCAAUGACCAAAGCCUUCCAGGAAGACAACAGAAUAUGCCAUUCGUAUUUGUAGCAGAUGAUGCAUCCGAAAAACGAAUUUACAACUACCGUUUGUCUAGAGCAAGACGAAUAGUAGAAAAUGCAUUUGGCAUUCUUUCAGCAGUUUUUCGUGUAUUGCGAAAACCUAUGUUGCUACAACCUGAUAAAGCAUCUCUCGUCGUAAUAACCUGCGUGUACCUACAUAAUUAUUUGAUGAAAAGGAAAGCUUCUAGGAAGCUGUAUAAUUCACCGGGCAUGAUGGACAGAAUUGAAGAUGACGUCGUCAUUCCAGGCCAGUGGAGAAAUAUGGACCGUUUAUCAUCAUUUCUCCCGUUACCCAACACUGGACGAAGACACACUUUGCAAUGUGAAAAUAUCCGGAAAGAAUUUUCAGACUAUUUUAAUUUGACUAAUAUUUUGCCAUGGCAAAACAAUAUUGCAUAAUGAAAGCGAUAUGUUACUUUAUAAAAGCGUAAAUAACCUAACCUAAAAUUAUGGUAGAAUACCCAAUAAAUAAACGUAACUACCUACUUACCAUGUUUUUAUUUUGGUUAGUGUCGAAAUCAAUUGUUUUCCUCGGUUUAUAUUUGUCCAUCAAAAAGUGCAUGCUUGUAAAUGCAAACCAUUUAGAAUUAUAAAUACAAUCGGCACCGCUGCCUGACUUCGUACUCAUUGUUUUUUCCUUUCCCGGCGGUAAGAUGCAAGAAGCGAGUCCAUCUUUUUUUGUACCUCUUCAACAUUACAUUCCAGUUGUUUUGCGAUUUCCCGCCAAGCAUCUUGUUUGUAAGUUGUAUUUUUAUAGUUUUCAUACGUCGGAUCCCACAGACAUCUGAAAUUGCGGUAGGCUUCUAUCUUUAAUAAACAUUUUUCUUGAGACCAAUCCAUAACUUAAUCGAUAAGAUACGUAAGCAAUCGCUAGAACACUAAAACGCUUCGAUGAGACCGCUCAGUGGCGCGAGCACAUCCGAACACGCUAGAACGCUCUAAGCAACUGUUCGCGCGCUCUUGCGCCGUUUACAUCAAGCGAGCGAGCAUUCUUAGAAUAUUCCAUAGAAUCUUUGCGAACGCACUAAGAACAACGAAGGAAUGCUCUACGCCUGUUUACACUAGAAGAAUUAGCUGUAGUGGGGAUAGAAUGAGCAUUCGCUCGUUUGAUGUAAAUCGACCUUAAUAAAAAACAGCGACGACGACGCUCAUAGCCUCGCCCGCAGCCUCGAUUUAUUCUGUCAAAUUUAAAAGCUACAUUAUUUGCGCUUUACUCCUUGGAUUUAUUUAGUGUUCCAAGUAAUUUUGACUGUUUUGUUCCUUUUAUUUAUUCCAAAUAAAAAUGGCAGCUCGUUUAAUAAUAAAGCUACAUUUAUUAGAAGACGCUAAGAAAAUUGAUGAUCUAAACAAAGCUCGACUAGCGAAACAAUUAAGAAAGUUGAAAACAAUAUCCCGUGAUGUAGACUUUAUUCAUGUUUAUCGGCUUUCUGAGGAUUUAAUUAAUAUAUUAGAAAGUGAUUUAUCUUCUUACAUGCGUCCGCGAGUACGUUCCAGUGGUUUAACUAAAAGGCUUCAAGGUUUGUUUGUUUUACUAUUAUAUUGGGUACUAUUUCAAGCAAUGAUUUCUUUAAUCAAUGAGACAAUGAUGGGUAACCACAUCAUAACAGAAUUUUAUUGAAAUCUUACGUUUCAGAUAUUAUGUAUGCACUUUAUCAUUUUUGGCUAAUGGAAGUUACCAAAAAAUUAUUGGCAAGAAUGUAGAUCUCAACCUUCUACGUCUAGAGCAAUUCAUGAAGUGAUAGACGCUCUGAAUGAAUACUAUAAAUAUUAUUCGGAAAUAUAUUAGAUUCCCGCAAAGCCACAAUGAGCGUCAAGUGCUCAAGUCAAGGUAAAUAUCAAAAGACUUUUAAGUUAGUUACUCUAGUCUUACAAGAACAAAAGCCGGUGUUUGAAAUUUGAAUUCUUAUUACAGGUUUUAUGAGAAAUUCAAAAUCCCAGGGGUGUUAGGUUGCAUCGAUGGUACCCUGGUUUCCAUGAUACGUCCUAAAGAAAAUGAGGAAAGAUAUUAUUGCCGUAAAGGUUAUCAUGCCAGGAAUGUUUUAAUUAUUAAUGAUGCUGAACUGAACAUCUUGCAUGUGGAUGUAACUUUUGGGGGUGCAACACAUGAUAGUUUUGUUUUAACGAACACAAGAGUGAAAGAGCACAUUGAAAAUUUAAAUAGUAAUGGAGAAAUUGUGUAUUUACUUGGUGACUCAGGGUAUCCUCAAAGGAGUUAUCUAAUGACUCCCUUCAGUAAUCCUGAACCUGGGACUCCAGAGUCAUUAUAAUCAUUUGCAUAGCAGUGCACGUAACAGUGUGGAAAGGACCAUUGGAAUACUAAAAGGGCGGUUCCGAUGUCUAUUAGUUCACAGGGUGCUGCACUAUGAUCCUAUCAUGGUGGGAAAAAUAGUGAUAGCUUGCUGUGUCUUACAUAAUAUUUGUAAUCGUGCUGGCCUGCCAGCUCCUAAGUUAGACCAACAUGAUGUAGACGAAGAGUCUAGAUUACUUGGGAUUCUUACUCAGCAGCCUGUCACACACCACAACUUGCAGAGUGGGUGUACCAGUAGGAGAGAUUUAGUAAAUCAAUUAUGGCGAGCCCGGUAUGUCUAAAAUGUUUUUCCUUCUUGCAGAAAUAAAAAUAAUGUUCAGAUAGUAUCACUGAUGUAUCUCACCAUAAUCAAUUAGACAGCCAUUGUUAUUUUUUUUAUUUAUAAUGAAAUCAUUUCAUAAUAAUUAGUGUAUGGAUAAUAAUUGUUUUUUUUAAUAAAACAUAAGAAUUAUUUUUAUGUUCACAUUUAUUAUUUAAUAAUAAUAAUUAUUAUAAUUAAAUCAAAUUAAAUUAAAUCAAUCAAAUUAAAUCAAAUUGUUAUUUCUACUUUUACAAUAAUAUUACUGUUUCUUAUAUUAAUAUUAACACUAUUAUAUUUUUUGUUAACUUUUUACCCUACAUAAAAAAAUUAAAAUAGUAAAAAAUAGCAGAGGGAGUUGCAGGAAACGGCUAGUCUUAUACUACAAUUUUAAUUAAUUAAUAACUUUAAUAAUAUCCAUACUUAAAAGUAAAAUAAAACUGUAAAAUUAAUUAUUUUAUUAAUUACAGUCAAUUGGGAUAACUUUGACAGAUCAUCCUUAUAUUUUUUUUGAUAACUUUUACUAUAUGUUAAAUAUAUAAAAUUUGAGUUAUUUAAAAUGAUUACCACAAAGAAAAUACAACAAUUGCGCGCGGUAACUUUUAAGACGUUUUUGACAUUAAAUUCGUUCAGCUUCUGUUUUUCGAAGAGAGUUCGCUUACAAAGUUUGUUAUAUACGCAAAUUAAAUUUAAUGGUUUUACACUAAAUAUUGCCACAUAAAAAAUUGUGGUUGACUUGACUGUCAAAGUUACCCUUGUAAAUCAAAGUUACCCAGAUUGAUGAUACUGAUAUUCCAGACAUUCAACUCCCUCGCCUGAUGGAUGCACAUAAGUCCUACAAUGCUUGGGUUUGCCUUGACCACGACUCGCUUAUAUUUUUUAAGACAUCUAACAUUUUCUGUUGGUUCUCAAUAAGGAGCCUUUCGUUUUCUAAACGCCUCUCUUCAAUGGCAAUAAAACGUUCUGUUAAGCUCGCCAUAUGUGAACGCCUUUGUGAUGGUGGUGAGCGUUGGAUCAGACGACGUCGUGCCGUUACCAAACGACGCCUUCGAGGUACUAUAAACAUAAGAAUUUAAUACAAUUUGUUUAUUUAUUAGUAUGACACACCAAUAGCACAUACAUUUUACAUUCAAAAUGCGACACUUAUAAUAAAAAAGAACCUAAUGCAUAUGCCUUUUAUGGGUAUGUACAGCAUUCAUUAAACACAAUAUGCUUACAUAAAACAAAGAAAAAAGAACUAAUAUAUUAAAGAAUAAAAUUAACACAUACAAAGGAACAUAAUAAUUAUUAUAUAACAUUUAUGAAGGGUUUUUUAAUUAUAAUAUUAAAAACUACAACUGUGUUUACAUUUAUUAAUCUUUAAAUAAUAUUUAUUCAGUUUGUGUUUGAAAUGUUCUAAUUAAUCAUGGUGAAUAUCAAAAUUAACUAAUAAUUAAUUAUAGCAUAACAUUACAUCUUCAUUCCCAGGGUUAAGUAGAAGACUAUUAUCCACUAUUUGAUAAGGUAUAUCGUCGGUGAUACUGCAAUACCGCGUAAGCCACAGGUGCUAAUAGCGCGUAACUGAUGGGUGACAAAUUUUACAGGAGAGCGAAAAAACUGAAUAUAUAUUUAUCGUUAUUACAUCUUCGGCUGAUUGAACUAGAAACUAAUUGUAAAUUGAUGUACUUUAGCUAUCAAUAUGAUCCAUUAGUAAGAAAACCUCAUAGACGAUUAAUAAAUUCACUUUCGCGGUAUUGAAUCAUCGUAAAUGAAUUGUUGUUGAGCAUUUUCACUAUUUACGCUUAUUUGUAAGAGGGAUAAAAUAAAAGAUUGGGUAUUCAAAAA